CAAAAAAAUCUGUACUCCGGUACUCGAGUACGGAGACGGAUGGUCCUCGCAACCAAAUAUUCACGCUCAAGCUCAAACUCAAGCCCAAGCUCAAGUAGGCGUGGCUUUCGUUUGCAGAGGCGAAGAGAAGAGAUGCCUAUGUUUGUGCGUAUCUCUAAGGCCUCAGGAUUUGUGGCAGAUGCUGCUGCUCGCCCAGCACCAUCCAUUUCGACAGCGACAUGCCUCAACCAUGGGCUUCCAUAGUAAGCAAUGGGUUAUCUGCCACCCGUCAUACCGAGCACAGCGAGCAAGAACAACACUAACAAUAAGUAGUCAAACCAUGGCCUCUUUACCCACACUAAUCAUGUCUCCUCUCUCCGAAUUGGCCUCUCCACUGUAACCCGGUAUCAACGGCGGCACCUCCAUUCACAAGCAACGAAUGCCAGCGCCAGCGAUUCUGAUUUUGCAUUGUACGCGGCGAAGCAAAUCCGGGUAGCCGAAUUCCUUCGGAAGGAGUGGGCCCAUAAAAUUCCCCAGGACGCCCCACGGCCGGUUCUUCAGGCGGAGCUAAUUCGCGUCCAAGAAGAGCGAGAGCCCGUAUGGCGAUAUACUCCCAGUCUCGAAUUGCCUGGUGGCAAUUUCCACAAAUUCUCGAAUAUCAACCCUAACCCACACAAGGCAGCAAGCAUACUACACUCCAAUGUGUUGGCGUCCUUUCUUCAGCAAACACCAUUCUCCUCGCCAUCUCAGAGGCAGAGGUACAGCGACUCCGAUCUUAUGCUUCUGAACUUUACAAAAUCGUGGCUGAAAAAACCGAAUGCCACUUCUUUUCCCAUUAUCCAUUAUGAGCGGCUUCAAUCGGGACAUUGGAGAUGUGUUGUGCAUAUAAACUCGCUACCAGCAAAAGCACUGAAGUCGUUGGAACGGGUAAAACUCUGGGCAAAGCAUUGGCGGUUGCCAAUUCCAAUUUGUUGGAACUAG